AUGGUGUCCUCACCAGAUCCAUCGAUCACAUAUGCUAAAAGCAUAGUUCAACUAGAUUAUUAUGGUAAAUGUGAUGAAUGUGGAAAAUCCUUUAGUGAUUUUCAUUGGUGUCCAACAUGCCAAAAUCAAGCUUUCAAACGAGAAUUUAGAAGAUGGACUAGUGGUAACAUAAGUAUAGAUCAAAUAAUACAACAAACUCAGCUUGAAGCAAACAGAAGUAAUGAUUAUCUCGAGUGGAUCCCGUUUGAAAAUUUUGAAGAAAUUAAAUAUUUAUCACAAGGUGCUUUUAGUACCAUUUAUUCUGGAUAUUGGGUCGAUGGUCCUAGACGGAAUUGGAUUGAGGAUGACUGGUUUAGAGAUGGUCCAACUAAAUGUGUAUUGAAAAGGAUUGAAAAUUCUCAACAAAUCAGUCAAUAUUAUCUAGAUAAUCAUAUUCGAUGUCUUAGAGGCGGGCCUUUAGCAGAUUACUUUGGGAUAUCACGUGACCCAACUGGUUGUUAUAUGUUUAUUAUGAAAUUUUAUGAAAGAAAUUUAUAUCAAUAUCUUGACGAAAAGUUGGAAAUUCUUCGCUGGAGAAACAUGAUAGAAAUUCUUUUAAGAGUUGCAGAUGGUCUUGAACGAAUCCAUGAGAAUGAAUUAUAUCAUGGUAAUCUACAUGGUGGCAAUUUGUUAUUUGAAGAUAAUCCAGAGUUUAUUAUCGCAAGAAUUGCCGACAUUGGAUUACACGGACCAGCAAACAGAACUGCAUCCGAUAUUUAUGGUGUUUUGCCUUAUGUUGCACCAGAAAUAUUAGAUGGAAAUGAAUACACCCAGGCUUCAGAUAUAUAUAGUUUUGGAAUUAUUAUUACGUCAACAAUUUCAAUACAAUUUAACAUUGCAGAAGAAAAAAGAAAAUUAAAUUCUAAGCAUAUAAUUUUCAGGCAUCGAGCUAUUCAUCCUAAAGCUAUAUACACUAGUCAAUUAUUAGAUUUUAAUAAUUCGAAAUAA